AUGAAGGACCGGCUGGGGCAACUCAAGGCGAAGCAGGAUGUGGACGAUGACACGGAGGAGCUGGAGAUCGCCGUCGAUAACACGGCGUUCAUGGAUGAGUUCUUCUCGGAGAUCGAGGAGACACGGCAAAACAUUGACAAGAUCUCGGAGAAUGUGGAGGAGGCCAAGAAGCUCUACAGCAUCAUCCUCUCGGCCCCCAUCCCUGAGCAGAAGACCAAAGAUGACCUGGAGCAGUUGACAGCGGAGAUCAAGAAAAUGGCCAACAGCGUCCGCAACAAGCUGAAGAGCAUGGAGAGGAACAUCGAGCAGGACGAGGCACGGUCCUCCGCCGACCUCCGGAUACGCAAGUCCCAGCACUCAGUCCUGUCCCGCAAAUUCGUUGACGUCAUGACCAAGUACAACGAGGCGCAGGUCGACUUCCGGGAGCGCAGCAAGGGCCGGAUCCAGCGCCAGCUUGAAAUCACCGGCAAGAACACGACGGACGAGGAGCUGGAGGAGAUGCUGGAGAGCGGGAACCCCUCCAUCUUCACCUCGGGGAUCAUGGACUCGCAGAUCUCGAAGCAGGCGCUGAGCGAGAUCGAGGGGCGGCACAAGGACAUCGUGCGGUUGGAGAGCAGCAUCAAGGAGCUGCACGACAUGUUCGUCGACAUCGCCAUGCUGGUGGAGAACCAGGGUGGGCUGCUGGAUAACGUGGAGCAAUACGUGAUGCACACGACCGAGCACGUGGAGCAGGCGAACCAGCAGACCAAGAAGGCUCUCCAGUACCAGGGCCAGGCGCGCAAGAAGAUGCUGAUUUUGGCAGCGGUAGUGGUGCUCUUGCUGGGGAUAGUUGCCCUCAUCAUCGGACUUUCAGUGGGGCUAAACAAGAAAUAA